AUGGAUGAGAAGGGUUGCAGAUUAACCCUUCAUCACCAGCAGCUAGUACUAGCCCAAAAAGGAGCCAAAAGAGUGCACUUAGUGGCGCGUGAACAUGCGGAAAACGUCACAGUAGUCGCUUGUGCAAAUGCCCUAGGCCAUGUCAUACCACCUAUGAUUUUAUUCAAAGGGCAACGUGGAAAACCUUGCUAUUCUGAUGGUUUACCAGCAGGCUCAGCUGUACACAUGACCGCAAAGGGCAGCAUGACGACUGAGAUAUUUAUCAAAUGGCUGGAGCACUUCUCACAAUUUAUGUCUUCCCCUCCAACAAUUUUAAUUUUUGAUGGAGCGUCAAGUCACCUAGAUGAGUCCAUUGCUGAAAAGGCAGAAACUUUAGGAAUUGAGCUUUUAUGCCUACCCAGUAAUACGACUCACGAGCUCCAGCCAAUGGACAAAUCCGUUUUCCGGUCUUUUGAAUCCCACUGGGAUCAACAGCUUCUUGAAUAUUGGAGUCAACAUCCUGAUAGAAGGUUGAGUAAAGAGAGAUUUUCUGAUGUAUUCACGCCAGUCUGGGGAAAGUGCAUGACUAUUAAUAACAUCUGCAAUGGUUUUAGAUCAACUGGUAUCUACCCGUUCAGUAGAAACGCCAUUCCUGAACAUGCAUUCGCCCCAAGUCUUCCAACUCAUCGUGGUCAAAAUAUUGCAGCUGAAAAUAGUGAGGAAAGUGCCAUAGUAAGGGAAGAACUUUGGGAUUCGGAAGAUGAUAUUCCAUUAGCAACAUUAUUUAAGACAACUAAGGAUAAUUCAACAGUACAUUCCAGUACCAGCCCUGCAGAUCAGUCUCAGUCUUAA